AUGCAUCUGGAACGUUUGUCGUUGAUGACGUUCGACCUCGGUUUCGAAGCAUCGCAUUCGGACGUCUGUGAACAUAUGCUUGCCAUUGCGAGAAGUGGAACUACCUUCAAACAUCUUUCAUAUACCAGCUUCAUUGGAUUUGAUCCUACCGAUGAUGUUGUUCAGACAUUUCUUGAUCGCUGCCAAGUAAGAAGCCUUCGUCUGACAAUGAUGCGAGGUCCUUUUAUCCCUCCACAGCCGGACUAUAUGGUUGGUAAGGUGCGACAAGUAGACCAUCUGGAGCUGGGCGAAGUUGUUCAGAAGCCAAACAUCUUCAACUCUCUCGUCACAUACGAAAAUGUAUUCAAAAAGGUAUUCCCAAGCGUGCAGGACAUCCACUACUUCCAGCACUGGUAG